AUGUAUCGUGAAGUUCCGUCAUUGUACAACCGAACAUACUCGGGCUAUGGAGCACUCUUCGCCGCGUACUCUGCAAUGAAGCAAAGCGAUAUGAUAUCAAAGCUUGCUCCGCUGUUGUGGAGUGUGCUGAUAAGCAAUGUCGUGAGACACAAAAAAAUGCGCCAUUUUCGUACUCUCUGA